UGUAUACGUUCAGGUGAAUUAUUAAUAUUAGAUAAUGGAACGAUACAAGAUUUAGAAAUUAUUAAAAUCGGAACAUACAGUAUAUUCAGGGAUGACAAAACUGAUAUUUUAUGUAAUUGGAAAGGAUAUCCAUUAUUAAUCCAAUGCAAAUAUCGUACAAUAUGUGAUAUUUGUAUAAAUAAACAAAAACCAUGUUAUCAUAAUUAUUGGGUAGAAAAUAUGAUUAAAGAUAUCAAAGAUUUGGAUAAUAAAUUAUCUGAAUACAAUGUACCUAUAUUUGGUAUUUUUAUUAUUAAUGACGGGAUAGGUAUACAUGAUAAAGUUAGUAAAAUAAAAUUCAAAAAUAGUAUGAUAGUUGUCAACUUUUCGAAUGAUUUAAUAAAUCAAAUUGAUAAAUUGGGUAUCGAAUUAGAAAUAGCUUAUAGAAGUUUAGAAGGAGUUUUGGAUAAUAAUAUAUCAUUAGUUACUGAUUUAUUUUAUAAAAAUUUAACAAAAAUACUUUAUUAUAUUAGAAAAGCUUAUGAUAUUACUAGUUUAAAAGAUAUUUGCGAUAAUUUAAAUACAUUAAAUAUAGUCUAA